AAGCUCUAGAAAAUAUAGAGAAUCCAGGAAAUCCAGGAAAUCCAGGAACUCUAGACCAAACGAAGGAAACCAAGCCUCCCACUUCUACCGAAAAGCCAGUGUUAGAGGAGCGAGGUUUAAAACGACCAGCUGAGGACGAUUGUGAAAUGGAAGAUGACGGCCACAGUAAUACCAAUGGCAAUGGCAAUGGUAUCAGCAAUGGAGACUCCAAAGAGGCCGACGCCGACGCCGGGGCUGAUGCCGAUGUCGACGUCGAUGCACCCAAGCUAUCUAAGAACCAACAACGAAAAUUAAAGCGCCGAAAGAUUAUGGAAGAGAGGAAGAAAGACAAAAAGGUUGUACGUAAAGAAAAACGUCACAAUAAGCAGCACCGAAAACAAAAACAGAUGGAGACUGAGAUUGCCGCUGCUCUGGCUGAAGGAAGAGAGCCCGUACUCAAAAACGCCUCUAAGCGCCAAGCCAAUUCCCCCGUCAAGGUCCCAAUAUCAGUCAUUAUCGACUGCCAGUUUGAGGAGAAAAUGAUGGAGAAGGAAUUGGUCUCGUUGGCAAAUCAGGUCACCAGAUGUUACUCUGAUAAUAGGAACGCUCACUUUCCCGUUCACAUGUUCGUCAGCUCCUACGGCGGUCAGAUGAAGGAGAGGCAUGAGACCAUACUUCAGAAUCAGCACAAACACUGGAGGAAUGUUCAGUUCGUAGAAGGUGACUUUGUCGAAGCCGCUGCUGAGGCUCAAGAGUUGAUGAAGGGCCCUGCUGGCGGUGAGGUCAUAGAGCUACUUGCACAAGGCAAAGAGGGAGACUCGGUUUCCUUCACAGAAACCAAUAACGGCAACAAGAAGCAGAAGAAGAAUGCUCCUGUUCCGGAACCCGAAGCCGAGGAUGUUGACAAGUCCAUUGUUUACCUCACCGCCGAUUCCCCCUAUACGUUGGACCGUCUUGAACCCAAUACCUCCUAUGUCAUCGGUGGCAUAAUAGACAAGAAUCGUGAAAAGGGCCUAUGCUACAAAAUCGCCCGACAAAAAAAGGUUCGAACGGCAAAGCUGCCCAUUGGCGAAUUUAUGGUUAUGCAGAGUCGUCAUGUUCUCGCUACAAACCAUGUCAUGGAGAUCAUCCUUCAAUGGCUGGAGACAGGCGACUGGGGGACCGCCUUUAUGAAGGUGAUUCCUACAAGGAAAGGAGGUAAACUGAAGGAGGAUGAGGAUUCUCUUGAAGCGGGCCAGAAAGGGCAAGAAGAACCGAAAGAAGCCACGAAAGAGGAUAAGCCGGGAGAAGAUACGGUCGCUGAUGAGGCUAGCAAGGCGGUUGAAUCAAAGAAGCCUCUAAGCGUUGUAGAAGUAGAAGGAGAUAAUUCUGAGGAUGGCCUUCAAAAGAACUCGCUCAACCAACAACGAUGGUCGGCGCCACCGGUUGAGACGGAAGAAGUAGCAGCACCUAGCAAUGGCAAUGAGGGCAUCAACUGACCGAGAUGGAGUUACUACCUACAUACUAAUCUACUUACAAGGUACUAGGGGUAGGUAGGCAAGCAUCUAUCGUUCAGUUACAGCAGACCCAUAGAUUGGUCGGAACACCCCUUUGUUUGUAUGAUCUACAAGCUACCUUGGUGCUCAAAAUGCGAAAAGUUCCAGAUGGAUGUAUAGGUAGCUAUCAAGUUCAAAAAGCUGCGUUACUCUCCCGUCGCACUCCUAUAGUAUUUAGGAUGUGGCCCUUGUUACUUCAUAUUAAGCGUAUCCAAGGUGAUCCAUCGAGUGUGUUCAACAAAGCAUCUGUUAAUGCCAAUUUCAUUGUUAUAUGUAUCAGCCACCAUUAAGGCCUACGCAUCUACGAUGAAUGGAAGCGGGGAAUAUACGAGUCACCUCUACAUAGUACUAUAUGUAUAACUACCUAAAUACAAGAACCC